AUGAGCGUCCAAGGCGUUACCGAUAUGAGAGGUUCUUCUUCAGAGCUUCAUCAACAGGGCGAGGUGAGGAGACCCGUUGAUCUUCCACCAUCGUCUCCUUUGACUCCGCUACAGAAUGGGGUUUCGGGGCCUGUGCCAACAACGGGCUCAGUGGACCCCACGGCGGCAUCACCACAGGAUGAUGCAAGGCCAGAUCAUCAGCAGGCUGUUGCAACCAUGGAGACCGCGCAAGUUCGUGACGACAGCGUGGGUCAGGAUGGACGCGAUGGUCAAAUUCAAGUUCUCCCAGGUGGUCAGGCGGUCGUCCAGGAGCAUGCUCAACCUGCAGGCGAACCAGCCGCACAACAGGGUGGAAUGGGUCUUCGCUUACAGCAGAGCGGAAGUAACCAUCUUCAUCAAGGCGCGACUGGAGUCAAUGAGGUUGCUGCGGUUCAAGAUGACGCCAGACCAUCAGGGUUUCCAGACAACAUCAACUAUGAGACACCGCGCUCACAAGUGUCCCGCAGAAGUAUGAUUCCGUCUCCAAUCUCUGCUGCAGAUGGACCCAGCCCAAGCGCUUUGCCGAGAGCACUGAAGUGGAUCACGGGAAUCGGUGAGUAUUUCAACAUUCGCUCAGUGGGUGAGAGUUUUGCUGGGCCCGCAUUUGCGGUUCCGUUGACAGCGGUUCGUGGGCGACCUACUACUCCGCAGUAUGGAGCUGUCAACGCGGCUUCGGCUUCCCAUCUACGGACGGACUUGGCUUCAGGAUCAAGCUCAUUGUUCAAUGCGGAGGCACUGCAACGGCUACGUGCAAUGGAGGGAAGUGCCCCACUGUUGUACAGUCCUUCGGAUGCUAUUGUACAGCGAGGUGAGCGCCACUCGUCCGAUUCCAGUGAUUUGCCAAGGGAUGUAAUUCAGCAGGAAGUAGCACGACAGCUUGGCGAACUUACGAAUCGUGUACAGGCCGCAGAGGCUGAGAAUCAGCAGCUGAGGCAAAGGCUUACCUUCAUGACAGAGGUAAGACAGCUUGAGGAAGAUCAUGCUGGAGUAAUCCUAGAUGUGCUUCUGCAGGAGGUGCACCGCAGUCGCAGGUUCGACCAGAGUCGGAAUUGCCUGGCGUUGGACAGGAACCGAGUCAAUCGGCUCACGCCUUUCCGCAGAUUUCUACCAGACCUGUUCCUCCAGUCUCCGCUGCAGAUCCUGCUCAGCGCUACAUGGCAGCUUCAGGAGCUUCAGCAAUCGGCGCUCAAGGGUGCCCAUGCUACAACUGAGUCGUCACCAACCUCUCCAGAGGCUGUAAAGCCGGGCGUGACAACAUUAUCCCCGCUCCCGCUUGAGAGUGAGCCAGAGGCGCCACUGCUUUUCCAGGACUGGGUACAUGUCACAGGAGGAGUAGCAAUGGACUUGAGCGACUCAAGCGGCGAGUGGUGGGGCCGAUUGGUGGAGGAAAUCCAGAAGGCGUAUGCUCGAUGGCAGUCGGCUAGUCCGCUGGACAGGGCAGCAAUCCAACCGGAUACUGCUAGGGUUGAUCUUCCCAAGUGGGUACGUGUUAACGCGCGUUUUGCCACCAUGUUGAUGUCCGUGCUUCCGGCAGGGCUUAAGGCUGAUGUGAUCUCGCGAGGGUGUGCAACAUCUUCCUUGCACAUACUCUUCAGGAUGUUCAUCGCCUACCAACCAGGAGGAGGCGCGGAGCGCACGCGUAUCUUGCAAGCGUUGCAAGACCCAGGUCAGGCCAAGACACCUCAGGAAGCUGUUACUUUGCUCAGGUCAUGGAACCGGUGGUUGUUGAGAUGUCAAGAGUGUCGCCUCAACCCUCCGGACACGAUGAUUUUGAGCAGGGGCCUCACGAAUCUUGUUGGUCCACUCAUGGCUACACACCAGGACAUCAACUUCAGGCUGCAGUGCUCGCGAUCCAUGCUCCACAUUGAUCGAAUGCCUACGCUUGAUGAGACAAAGGAGUAUGCGAAGCACAUCUUGAGUGAGAUGGAGAUCGCAGCGGCGGCAGUGAACAGUGCAGGAGGUCCAAAGCUUCGGGCGCUUGGUCAAGCCACUCAGCCGAACAAUCCGCCACAGUCGCUUCAAAGACAGCCCGGCACGAAACCGAUUUGCAAAUACUUCAUGUCGGACAAAGGCUGUCGUAAAGGCCCUGCUUGCGCCUACCUCCACGACAUGUCGUCGCUGGACAAGGCUCAAAGGUCCCGCAAGUGUCUCAAGUGCGGCUCAACUGAGCACCGUCAAAAACAAUGUCCAUCUGUCACUGGCAAGCCGUCAGCCGAAAGCCCAGGUGGGAAGGCCAAGGGUGGAGCUCCACCCAAGGCUCCGCAGCCUACCAGCCCGGCCUCAUCUGUGACACCAACGUCUCCUGUAAGCCCAGUCGGUUUGGCCCAGAUUACUCAGCCUGUGUUGGACAGCACGCAGCUGGUGGUCAAUCCUACAGCAAAGCCUACAAGUUCCAGCUCGAUGCAAGCUGCUGCGUCACCCAUCGCAGCGGCCGUGAGUGGACCUGCAGCUUCAGGUGCUAAUCUUGCUGCUCUAGGCUUAGGAGGCCAGACGUCAGGAGUGGAUAUCGUUGCGUUGGACAAGUUGCUGGAGCAGGCCCAAGCCCAGCUUCGAGCAAUUCAACCUCAGGUUGGAGAUGGGUCACCGCAGGCACCGUCACCGAAGCUCAACAUGAUGACGACGGUCGUGAUGCAGGAAGCUUCGUUCCAGGAGGAGACAGAGUCUGCAUCUGCUCUUCUUGACUCAGGAUGUCCGCAGCUGCAGGAGCACGAAGCCCUCAAGCUGAUCACGCAACUGGAGCAGGCUAAGUUGCAGAAGGACGUAACCCAGCUUGAGCAGGCCACCGCUGAUACCUCCACAUUGGUUGAAAAGUCAAGGGCUUUUGGACAACGCACUUGGUUUCAUCGGCUGAUGCAGUACGCACGGGAUGGGAGUGAAGACUCAGCUUGCUUAGCUUUGACAAAUGCCUCGUGGACCGACUUUGCUCCAGAUACUCUUCAUUCCAAUCUUCUUCCAGACCAGUCCCAGUGCAAAGGUUGGCAGGCGUUGUCAGGCCUGCAUUGCUUGAGCAGGGCAAAACGCAGAGCUUUGCAUUCGUCGAAGAACUGGGUUGUUCACAUGUUUUCCGGUGAUCGAAGCACCCCAUCACUGCAGCUACCUGCUGGGAGAGACUCGGUCAUUCUUAACUUGGACUUGCGACUUUCUAAAGGCCUUGAUGUUCGGUCGCAUCCUGCAUGGCAUGCGCUGGUUUGGGGUGCUCGCAACGGGCGCAUCUCGCACAUUGUUGGCUCACCACCUCAUACACAGUUUCUUCCAGAUGCGUCUCGUAAGCUGCAGCGUGAUUCCGCCUUCUUUCGCCACUCAGGGUCCCAGCCUCUCAUUGUUGAAGAAGACCCUGACAAUGCCAAGAUUUUCCUGAAUGAGUUAGGUCUAGCAGGCCGAAUGUUGGUUCUUCAUGCUCUGGCUUGUGCUGGACGAUGCGCUCACCGGGACAAGAGACACCAAUCCUCUGAUGUUGGGUUCUUGAUUGAGCACCCAAAGGUGAUUGAUUCGAAGGCAGAGAGGUUCCAAUGGGAUUCGUUCUCCUUUUGGGAUACGGGAUUAUGGAGGGCUUAUCAAGAGGAGGCAGGCCUUGCUACUGUAGAUCUGCAGACAGCUGGUGGCGAUGUUGGUUCGGUGCACACGUGGACCGUGGGCACGAAUCUGGGUGCGGGGUACUCACACCAGCAUCGGAAAAUCGAACAUCCCAGCGUUAGCUGCUUGAAUGUGGACGUCAUUGGCCCCCUACGGUAUCCAGGUAUGAAUCCGGACCAACGAGGCAUAGCUACGGAUGAAGAGAUCCAGAGGGUUUUAGAGGAAUCCCAGAAAUUGCAAUCAGAGCCAGCUGGUGAACAGGAGGUGGUAGGCCAGGAUCCGCUCCAGGAGGAGGGUGAGCACACAGAUCUCGAUGAGUACGUGCUCUCUGAGCCCGAGGUUGACGAAGAUCUGGAGCAAGUUGGUGUCUUGGAAGAGGUAGAAGCUGCAGACGUAGGGGUCGCCGAAGGCGAACACGAUCAUGAACUUGGCGCUGAUGUGCCUCCUGAUCCACUCGACCGGGUCAUUGAGGAUCUACAAUUUAGUGGUGAAUCCGACACGCUGUUGUUUGCAGUGCCUUUACACACCAAUCGCAAUGCAGAGAUCCUUACUGGCUUGCAAGAAAUAGCCAUAUGGCUGAGAUCGCACAAUUGCUCAGUCCGAAGGAUGCACUCUGAUAAAUCGACAGAAUUCUUUGGCAAGCCGAUUCGGCAGUGGUGUCGAAGUCAGGGUAUCGCCACAACCUACAGUGAGCCUGGGGAUCCAAGGUCUAAUGGCUACAUAGAGGGCUCGGUUCGACUGCUCAAACAAAAAACGCGAACCCUACUUCAUGGAUCUAGCCUAUCUCAUGCCAUGUGGCCUGCAGCCAUUAUGACAGUUGCCAUGCAACAGCGCGGAGAGCGUCUUGGCAUGCUCACUAAGUUGUUGGCCCCGUUUGGUCAUGAUGUGUUGGCAAAGGAGAAGCGGUUCCAUCAGCAGAGAGCGGACGUGGACAGCGAUUGGAAGAAGUACAAGUAUCUGGGGUUGUCUUCCACGACUCCUGGUGCUCACGUUCUGGUCCGGCAG